AUGGAAUCAACAUCAAUCGACGGCAUUGCUAGCUAUUAUCCUGCAAUUGAAUCAGCAAUUGAGUCUGUUUCUGGUGGCAAACUGUCUUUAGCAGGUGUCAUUGACAAAUUACAUAUUGAUAUUGUAAAUUUGUUUAACGGUGAAUGCAUUUCGAAGUAUAAAAGAGACUGGGUGCGAUCAGUGAUGGCUUUUGCUAAAAAUAAGGAUAUUGAUAUGCCUACCACACCCAAGCCAAAUUGGGAGGACAUUUAUGGCACGGUUAUUGAUAGAAUGCUGAAUAAAGGCUAUAAUUUUCAAAAAUUCCAGAAACCUAUUUCUUGCAAAAUAUCCCAAGCAAGCCAGUCAUCAAGCAGUACUGCAACAGCCUGUACUGACUCAAGUAGCACUUCCACAAGUACGAACACUGAAUCAGGCUCUGAAUCUGCAGGAGUUGACCCACAACGUGUCAAAUUACCCGCAUUGACUGCUGCUGAUAGGGCAAAUAUCUUGGAAAGAUAUAAUGCUCUAGACCCAAAGAAGAUGUGGAGAUUAUCUAAUGGAACAGUUGUGGAGGAGAGAAUGUGCAAAUGCGCUAUGGAACAGCAGCAUGAACAUAUGGCUCACUCAUUUAUCCUGGAUGCGAAAGAUGAAGGAUGGUUGAAAUAUUUUACACGUUCUGAACUGAAUGAGAUCUCGGCAUAUAAAGCAAUCCAGUUGCCUGAAGCUCCAGAAGAAGUCGUAAAUUAUUUGAAUACCUUGAAAUCGGAUACAGCAGAAGAUUUAACUGACAAAGUUGAGCAUCAAAAAUUGCCCCUGAACUCAGAUAGAAAAUGGAUUCAAGAUUCGUAUUCUCAGUGUAUUCGUUUGAUAAACUCUGGUUUCCUCCCAAGUGACAAGAACACGACGGAGGCUGGCUUGAUAAAAAGGGUAUGGAGUUGCAUCGAUGCUUGUUUCGAUUAUUCUAGUAAAAUAAGAUGCAUAAGUGGGGAAAAAUGUAGCAAGUCGUCAGCUGAUGCAAAGAAUGCCACUCGUUGGGACAUCAAAUGUCGCUAG